GCAAUAGUCUUCGAUCGAGCCGAUAUCGCCAAAUAUCUCAUCCGAAAUUAUCCUCAUGCAGUGAAUGCAAUGGAUCAGCAAAAGCUCAGCAAUUUCCAGAAAAAGCGAACACCGCUGCAUUACGCAGCAGCGUAUCGAGAUGGAGGAUAUUUGUACAAAAUGAUGCGCAAAAGUGGAGCUGAUCCAAAUAUUUACGAUUGUAAUGGACGUCCAGCCAAGUACUAUUUGAAGCAUAAUGGCGAAAUUGAUCUCUCUGCUAUGAGACUUGAUACGAAAGCCGCCCUGAAGCAGGUUCUACACAACCGUGUGGCACCCAGCUAUCUGGAAUCUUCAAUCCAACAAUGGUUAAGAGAUGGCCAACUGGCAAAGCUUGAGCAACUCGUACUUUCUGGAUGUGGUGAUCUCCUUCAAAAUAGAAACGCUACCAAUGCGGAUACUGUCAAUUUCCUCGAAAACCUACCGGAAUACAUGAGCAAAAUUGACGGAAUUCAUCGAGCCAUAAAAGAAGGCGAUUUGGAGAAGGUCAAGUCGCUCAUGACUUCGAAGAAGUUGGCAAUAGCUCGAGACCGAUUUGGCUGCACGCCGCUGCAUGCUGCUGUUGUACAUGAACACACCGACAUUGUUCGCUUUAUAGCCGGUCAUUUCCCUUCUGUACUGAAUGCACCCGACUAUGUGAGCCUUUUUUUCUAG